AACUUUUGGAAUCGAUUUGCGUCGGUUGUGUUAUAUUUUCGGCCCGUACAAAGAGCCUAUCUCGUAUUGGUCUAAAGCCUUUUAUUAAUAUUAUUAUUGCUCUUACAGCGCAUAAACUAAAACAAACAAAAUGUCGCUACUAACGGGCAGCGCCAAUGCUGUGAAGUACACGCUCUUCGGAUUUAACUUGAUCUUUUUGAUCACUGGCAUUAUCUUGAUUGCCGUGGGAGCCGGAGUUGGCGCCGUCUAUACGGGUUAUAAGCUCUUCCUGGCCGGAAAGUUCUUCUCGAUCCCCACGUUCCUGAUCGUGAUCGGAUCGUUUAUCAUCGUAAUCUCUUUCUUUGGCUGCUGGGGUGCCCUGAAGGAGAACUACUGCCUGGUGCUCAGCUUCUCGGUCAUGCUGGCCAUCAUCUUCAUCCUGGAGCUAGCCGCUGGUAUCAGUGGCUAUGUGCUGCGCAACGACGCCUCCGAUUUGAUUAAAAAAUCCCUGACUUACUCUUUGAACGAGUAUAACAGUAUCUUUCCGAAUGCGACCACCCAACUCUGGGAUGAAAUCCAGGAGGAGUUCGACUGCUGUGGUGUGAGCUCAUACAACGACUGGAUCGGCGCCUUCCCCAACGGCGACCUGCCCAUCUCUUGCUGCAACGUUCCCGUCGGCGCAGUGGGCACAUUCACCUGCAAUAAUGCUCAGGCCAGCGUGGCAAACCGACACAAAGUCGGAUGCCUCGACGGAUUCUCCGGAUACAUUUCCGCCCAUGCGGUCAGCCUGGGAGCGGCAGGCGUGGUCAUUGCCGUCCUCCAGUUCUUUGGCGUAAUCUUUGCCUGCUAUAUUGCACGUGAGAUUAAGAUCCGUAAUGGCAUUACUGGUUUUAUGUAGGUCCGGAGGAAACCGAUUCUGAUAAUGAGCUAGAUGAGGAUGGUGCCGAUAUUUACUUUAAGACACUGCUAAAUUCGAUGAUGUUCUAAGACAUAUUGUACUGACAUUUACCCUUGCUUGUAUAAAUAAAGAACAUAACAUAUUUUAGUGUA